AUGGAUCCAUACCAGACAUUAGAACUAAAAAACUACAAAGUUGUAAAUCCUCAGCUUGUACAAGAGCGCUGGAAGAGGGAGUCCAGCAGUUCACACAACUACAAAGAGGAAGAAAACUCCGAACACCUUACAUACUCAAUUGCCAUUGAUGGCAGAGAGCAUUUCCUCCACUUGAAAAGGAACAAAGAUUUCUUAGCUAAGAACUUUGUGGUGGUCUCCCAUGCUGCUAAUGGUACUUCUGUGAAGAAACAUUCAAAAGGACAUAGGCACUGUUAUUACUAUGGGCAUGUGGAGGGAUAUGAGGACUCACUGGUGGCACUCAGCACCUGUCAAGGUCUCAGGGGUGUCAUUUUUAUUGGCAAUGAGGGCUAUGGUCUUGAGCCUGCCCUGAACCGGUCUUCAGCCAAUGAACAUCUUUUAUUUUCACUGAGGGAGAAUCAGCCAGUGCCAUUUGUGUGUGGACUGGCCGAUGAUUCAUCUCAUGAUGACGACCACUCAGCUCAUGACCCUGCCUUGUCUUUGAGAUCAUUCUUACGGAGAAAACGUAAUUUACCUCAAACCAGAUAUGUGGAGUUGGUGCUAGUGGUAGACAAACAAAGGUACGAUUUCAAACAGGGCAAUGAGACUGCAGUGCGAGAGGAGAUGGUAGAGUUAGUUCAUCUGCUGGACUCGUAUUACAGGCAGCUGAAUAUUCGUGUGGCACUGGUGGGCCUGAAUAUCUUUCAGGAGGGAAAUCCUUUCAGUGUGGAAGGGGCUCCGGGGGAGGUAUUGGGCAACUUUGUUCGUUGGAGGAGGUCGGAGCUCUUACCUGUGAUUAGGCACGAUGUUGGGCAGCUCAUUGUCGGUCGAUCAGGAGCGUACAGUGGAGGCGUGCUUGGGAUGGCAUUCGUAGGAACAGUUUGUUCUGCGCACAACAGUGGAGGAAUCAACGUGUUCAGCAACAACAAUCUGGCGGCUUUCUCCACCGUGCUUGCCCAUGAGCUGGGUCACAAUCUGGGCAUGAAUCAUGACAACUCCCGCUGUUCCUGUGAUGGUGGCUGCAUCAUGGGAGCCUCUGCCACAGGGGCCACUCAGUUCAGCACGUGCAGUGAAAGUGACUUUGAAAAACUGAUCCUACGUGGUGGAGGGGUGUGUCUGCUUAACCAGCCCUCCCAGGAUGAUGUGGUUACCGUGGCAGAGUGUGGGAAUGGCUUGUUGGAGAAAGGAGAGGAAUGCGACUGUGGCACACCAGAGGAGUGUAACAAUAAGUGCUGCAAUGCAGCCACUUGCACACUCACUGCAGGAUCUGCCUGUGCUACGGGAAGCUGCUGUAAAGACUGUCAGUUCCAGGUGUCUGGCACACCGUGUAGGAGGUCUGUUAAUCAGUGCGACCUGCCCGAGUUCUGUGAUGGAAAUUCAGCCACCUGCCCAGCAGACUUCUACCUCAUGGAUGGCCUGCCCUGUGCAGGGAACACUGCUUAUUGCUAUGAAGGCCGAUGCCAGCUCUUCAGCUACCAGUGUGAACAGCUGUUUGGCUCGGGGGCGAUAAAAGCAGAUGAUAAGUGUUUUAGACAUGUCAACACAAGGGGUGAUAGGUUUGGCAACUGUGGAUACACUGGUUCCCGUUAUACUCCAUGCACUGUGGCUAACUCUCUGUGUGGUAAAAUUCAGUGCACCAAUUUUGAUGCCAAUGCUCCACCAGCUGGAGCUGUCAUCAGUAUUGAGAACAUUGAAGAUGGAAUUUCAUGUAGGAAUGCAGACUUUAACCUUGGCCCAGAUGUCCAAGACCCUGGAUAUGUAAAUACAGGGACUGUCUGUGCUGCAGGGAAGGUUUGCGUGGACUUUCAGUGUGUGAAUGCAUCAGCAUUGGAAACAGACCUUGGCUGUGAUGCCCAGACUACAUGCAACAGUAAUGGGGUGUGCAAUGACCAGGGACACUGUCACUGUAAUGAUGGUUGGGGUCCCCCUAACUGUAACAGAGGUGGUCGAGGAGGCAGUGUCGACAGUGGCCCGGCUCAGAUCGACUACUCUCUGAGGAACGGCCUGCUUAUCUUCUUCUUACUGGUGCUGCCCCUCCUGGUCCUGCUCAUAUUUGCUGUUCUCUAUGUGUUCAAGAGAGAUGCACUGACUGGCUGCCUGAGGGCCAGUCGCUCUCGACAAUACAGGUCACGUAACAAGUCCAGUGGCAACACACAGAGAACUACAUCUCCACCGCCUCCUACACAAGUCCCCCCAGUAAAUCCCCAGCCAUUUCCUCCAUAUCCAGCUGCUGCCUCUAGUAUAAACACUAGUACCUCUUACGACAAUUAUUUAAACUACCAAGCGCCCUCUUAA